AUGAAAUCUCCCAUUAUCAUUGCAACUGUGAUUGGUCUAAUUAUGCUCAAGCUAAUUGAAGUAUGGAUACAGAACAGGGCAUUAAGUGGCACAAUUACUUGUGCUGCUGCCACCCAUGAAAAUGAAGGUGACAAAUUUAGUUUUAAUGAACUAAACGACGCAAUCGACGAAGUUUGUAAAACUUCUCACGAUGGAUAUUAUUUGAAUAUUUCUGAUACAAUACAAAAAUAUUGGCUCAUUUUUGGAGUGGAAUGGUCUACUGAAGACUAUAAAUGGCGUGGCCCAUUCACCAAUAAUGGAGAUAAAUGUUGGCACUUCCAUGGUAUUGAAGAUAAUUGGGAUGUAUAUCCAUGUCCACCAAGCGGCCAAAAUGAUUAUUCAUAA